AGCGGGUGCGCGCAGACCUCCCGCGGCGGCGCGCCCGCCCAGGCCCCGCCCCUCCGCCGGCUCCCGGGGCCGUGGGGCUGGACUCCGCGUGGCCUGGGCCGGAGCGACAGGUUAAUCUCAUCUGGGCGAGCUGGAACCAUGGCUGGCGUGGUGGACUUCCAGGACGAGGAGCAGGUGAAAUCGUUUCUGGAGAACAUGGAGGUGGAAUGCAACUACCAGUGCUACCGCGAGAAGGACCCGGAUGGUUGUUAUCGGCUGGUAGACUUUUUGGAAGGGAUCCAGAAGAAUUUUGAUGAGGCUGCCAAGGUGUUGAAGUUCAACUGUGAAGAUAACAAGCACAGUGAUAGCUGCUACAAACUGGGAGCCUAUUAUGUGACCGGAAAAGGCGGACUGACCCAGGACCUGAAAGCUGCCUUCAGCUGCUUUCUGAUGGCGUGUGAGAAGCCUGGAAAGAAGUCUGUGGAGGCAUGUCACAAUGUUGGUCUCCUGGCACAUGAUGGACAGGUCAAUGAUGACGGCCAGCCCGAUCUGGGGAAGGCCAGAGACUAUUAUACAAGGGCCUGUGAUGGCAGCUAUGCCCCUAGCUGCUUCAACCUCAGUGCCAUGUUUCUGCAAGGUGCUCCCGGCUUUCCCAAGGACAUGGGCCUAGCAUACAAAUACACCAUGAAAGCCUGUGACCUGGGCCACUUCUGGGCCUGUGCCAAUGCCAGCCGCAUGUACAAGCUGGGGGAUGGCGUCGAUAAGGAUGAAGCCAAGGCUGAAGCACUAAAAAAUCGGGCCAUGAAACUGCAUAAAGAACAGCAGAAAAAUGUCCAGCCUUUAACGUUCGGGUAGCGUGGCCCACCCUCCUGUGCAACAGAUGCGGGCACCUCCUAUUCCCGAUGCAGCCCUUGGAGAUCAACCUGCUGGAGCAGGAAGACUUGGGACUUGGUAUUAGUAGCCCUGGUUACAUAUACCCAUUGCCCCAGAGUGUCACCUGCUGGGAUGUAGUAUGAAGUGUUUAUUUCUUUAACUGGUGUGAUCUGUAAAGAGACCCACAUUUAACGGGGUUUUAGAUCUCAAACUCGUAUAGCUCUAAAAAACAGCAAACUAGAGAGCCAUGGAGAUUUUGCGG